AUGAUAGACAAGAGUAUCAUUAAGGCAUCCUUGUAAAAUGAAAAGAUUAUGAGCUACUACUUUGAUAAAUUUAAUGUCAAGUUGAAAGAUCUUAAUCCUUUCUCAGAGAAUAUAAUUAGCGAUUUAAAUUAAAGGAAAAAUACAAGAUCUAAUAAUGAUGAAUAUUCUCUUACUCAAAGAAAUCUAUCUAGGAUGAUGCUAAUGCAGCAGUAUAAUGCUAGGAAGAUGAGGCAUAUACAUUCUGUUAUGACUUAAAGUAUGAUUGAGGCAGCUAAUACAGAAUCCAAGUAGUUUUUCGAUAGAAGAACUUAGUCCUUGUUAAUUGGUUCUAAAGAUAAUCCUUAUCUUAGUCAAUAAAUAAAAGAAGAGCCACUAACUCAAAGAAAGUUAACUUUCAAUGAUUCCUAUUUGGAGAAUAGCAAAGAAAAUCUAUUAAGAGCAGAAGAAAAAUCAACUGCGAGAGGUAGACUGAAUUAACCCUAAUAAGAUCAUUAUAAGACAUAGCAGCAAUUCAAUUAAAAUCCUUACCAAAAUAUUAAGCGAAAUUCUAGAAUUGUUACUUCAACUGAUCGUAAAAGAAUAGAACCAACAAAGCCAUAUCAAGCCCAACAAAACACCUAAGAUGAACUUAUAUUUAAUGCAUAUGAAAGUUAGGAAGAACCAGCUUCUAAGAAAUAGGUACACAAAAGAUCAAGCACUAGUUUUAUGGGAGGGAGAUAGCUAUACUCAUCUUAAGAGAUUAGAGAUAAAGUACAUUAUAACAAUAAAGGAUUCUUGUUCAAGGAUUAAUUAUCUCGACAUUUAUAAUCUAGAAAUGAUUCCAACAGACAAGGAAAACCUUGUAAGAAUGGUAACUUUGAGGGCUCAUAAUUAGGUAUGGAUUAAAUAAUUGACGAUGACAGACCAAAAGAUCUCGGUGUUUCAUUUUACAGUAAUAAGACUCAUAUUUUUGGAGAUUCUGAUCCAAAUCAGACAUUCAAGUCUUUAAAUUCACAAAGAAAGCAUGUCUAAUCAAAUGUAAGGAGGUCUUAAUCAAAGUUUUAUGACCCCCUUCACUCCCUAAGAGAUUCAUUACAUAAGUUUUAAAGAAAUGACGUUACUGAAAUUUAAUAGCAGUAUUAGGAGCUUCGCAACGAUUUUAUCCAAACUUAAAAGGGCUUCAACAAGCAAGAUAAAAAGUCUUAUAGACUUAUUAAUAAGCUGAAAAAGGUAUUGGCUAAACAAAAAGAUCUUGGAUAAGACAUAGAAUCUAUAAAUUUGCAGGCGAAAGAAGACUUUGAGGAUUAUUUCAACAAAAAGAUGAAAACGUUCUGCAUGAAUGAACAACGAAAGAUAACUUUUAAUAAGCAGAAACUAGACUAUGCUAUUAAUAGAAAGAUUAAUUGA